AUGCCAAUGGAAAGAUGGAAAUAUUUAGCUGCGCGACGAUGUCAAACAAAAUGUGAAAAAUUGCGACAUAUACCAAAGGACAAAAACAGCUAA